UCAUGGAGGGCUGCUAUAUGCCGACGGGCCCUGCAUUGCACCUAGGCAACUUCCUUGCUGAAUACAAGAGAAAGCUCUCCGACAGCGGUGCCGAAGUUCCAUUCUUUCUGCAAGCCAAUCCUGUGCUAGUCGACGUCGGCGAGAGCUGCUCCCUGGAUAUGAUCGACUCUCCAGAGGACAGUUCAAUUAUCAACUUUCAGCCCGGGACCGAUAUCUAUCGCCCCGUCUUAACUCAGCCUCAGGAGGGCCACCAUGUGCCCCGUACCUUUUCCGCUUUGAGUCAGCACAAGGCCAAGUCAAGGAAAACGGCCUUCACCCGUACCCCGUACACCUACAAAAUUAACCCGCCACCGGCGGACGCCAACGAUGUCGUGUUAAAUGACUACGAGCUGGAGAUUAGUGUCCGCGUGUACCGACCACCUCGUGCAGCUCAUCGUGGCUAUAAGGUGGAGGUGCCUGUUUUCGCAGAGGAGUACCUUUGCCUGGGAAGCAACUACCUGACCGAUCUGCGCGACAAGAUUACAUGCAUAUGUGCGGGCAAGCGUUUUAUAGACAUCAGCGUCGACCCAGAUGCGCCCUUGCCCACCAUCGACACAAAUCCCGGUUACUUCUUCAUCAACGAUACUUUCUACAAUGAUAUGCGUAAUCCGAACAAUAAGGACUACUCUGAGACGGUCAUCCAGUGGGCUAACACUGCGCACGGGAUGCAGGGCGAUUCAUUUAAGGUGCAAAGUAUGGAGAAAACGCGAUUUAAUGAUCUCACUGUGUCGCCUGGGUCGCCGCUGCACUACCUGCACCACGGCAAUUGCGAGCACUUGUUUGUCAUUUCGCAGAUCGAGGUGCUAACACCGCGUAGUAAACGCCCAAACCGCAGCCUGUAUCCCUGCCCGCGCAGCUAUAGCGCCUUUAAUCGCAGGACAUGCUACAUGUGCGGCAUUAACAGUUUUCACUUUAUUGUCGAGAAGUCGUCGCGGCAGCUGCACGACCCCUCCUACCUGUGCCGCACCUGCUUCCUCAGUUUCUACUACGUGGAUGGCCAGAAGGUGGGCCACUUCAAGGCCUAUCGUAUUUACGACCACGAUGCGGAAGAGCCUAGAGAAAUCAUAGAGGCAACAGAUGAUUGACUAAAGUACAU